GAUUCUUUUGGUCCAGUAGUUGCAUGUUACUAUGCGCUUGCAAAAAUCUGUCACAACCCUCCUUUCGGUGCCUUGCCAACAGCAGCAAGCAGAGCGCGCAGCCCCACUUCUGUCGAUAAUCUGUCGCAUUGGAUUGGUGAGGGGAAUCGCUGUGAUUUAGAGCGCAGCUGUCAGCUAACCGCGGUCCCGCUGACAAGGAAUGCAAGACAAGCGAAGAAUAGUUUGUUGCUGGAGUUAAUAUCCAAGUUAUUUGGGGGAUUUUGGGGGUUGUUUUGACCAGUCUGUGUGCUGGUUUUGCCGGGAGAGAAAAAAAAAGCCUCAGGAUGUGGCGCAGCCUUAGAUGCGCAAGCGGAGCUCCAGUGACAGAUAUUUUUACGCGGGCACACAGAUCCAAGACGGUUUCACUUUCAAGACGGGAAUGCAUCAGAAACAGCUGGAACGUGACUUGACCCAAGCAAAAAAAAAAAAAAAAAAAUCUGUAUCCUUUUGGGACCGUGUUCUCGUUUGUAGUUCGUUUUUGUUGUUGUUGUUGUUUUGUUUGUUUUUUUAUGUAGCGGCAUCCCCUCUGAGUGUGGGGCACGAUGGAGCAGCUGGAAGAGGAGCUUACGUGCCCAGUCUGCUGCGGUCUCUUCGAGGACCCGCGGGUGCUGCUGUGCUCGCACAGCUUUUGCAAGAAGUGCUUGGAGGGGCUGCUGGAGGGCAACCGGGGUCCGGCUUUCAGGACGCCUUUGAAAUGCCCCACGUGCCGCAAAGAGACCCCCCAUAACGGCGCGAGCAGCCUGCAGGUCAACUACUCUUUGCGCGGCAUCGUCGACAAGUUCAGCAAAAUUAAAGUGAUGCCUAAAAUGUCCGCUUGCAAGCAACACUGCGGGCAGCCGCUCAACAUAUUCUGCGCCACCGACCUGAGGCUCAUUUGCGGAAUCUGCGCGACGACCGACGAGCACAGAGGCCACGGCUUCAGCUCCCUGGAGGAGGCGUACGAGCGAGAGAAGGGGGCGUUCGGAGACCUGCUCCAGGAGGCGGAGAGCUGGCAGAGCGCGGACACCCUGUCCUGCCUGGAGACGCUGCAAGCCAGCAAGAAAAAGGCGCUCCAGUCGGUGGGCAGGGACGCGGAGAAGGUGGCCGACUACUUCGACAAGCUCAUCGGAUCCCUCGAGUGCAAAAAGAGCGAGAUCCUCUCCGACUUCGAGACGCUAAAGCUGGUGGUGAUGCAGGCGUACGACCCGGAGAUCUCCAAGCUGAGCGCCGCGCUGGAGGAGCAGAGUCGCGCGCUCGGCCUGGCGGAGUCCGUCAGAGGCGUCUCCGACCCGCUGUGCUUCCUGCAGAACAUGCAGGAGUUCCGUGAGAAGAUCAAGGUCCUGAAGGAGACCGCGCUGCCCUCUCGGAAAGACAUGGACGUGGGGCCUCUUGUGCGUAAUUUCGAUGUGAAAAAGUGGGAUUCCCUCCGGCUCCGAGAAAUAGACAAGAUCUCAGUCCCGCACGAGAGUGGCGCCUACCAAACAGGUGGCUCUCGGAUGUCUUGGUCCAAAUGGAUCGUUUUGUCCCUGGCCUUCCUGUCAACACUACCCAUCAUCUUCCUGUCACCGCCGUACACUGCAAUCGAUGUGACCUCAAGAAUCCCAGCGCUGAUCACUGAAAGUGUCCCUUCCGCUACUCUGUACCUGCAGGAAAUCAGUGACAUGUGCGCAGGUCUGAUCGAAGCAGGUCAGGAACAUAUGAUGAGGUUCAUUUCAGAUCUGUCCACUACUUUCACUCACUACUUAUCCUAAUUCGUGCCGAAGAGAAGCAAAUGAAUGGAAACACCUAUACUUGUUUACAUUAUGUUGUUUAUUUUUUAACCUUUGGUCCUUUAGCAAACAAUCCUCUUCUAAAUCCUCAGAGGUUGCAGUCUAAACCUAAUUAUGUUUUUUGUUUUUUUUUAUUUAAUUUUGUACACUAACGAUUUUUUUUUAACUUGAUUUUUGGUAAAUAAAUUUGGAAAAUCCCUGUUAUGGUUGUUUUCCUUCAGAGCGACAGGGUGAGAUCAGGCUGCCGCUGUAAUGAUGGGAGAAACUCCGCGCACCACAGUGAUGCUGCAACCUCUUCAAGGUUACAAACGUUACGUAACAAGGGCCCGUGUGAAAUAUUCAGCGGGCUGCGGAGGAAGGUACGAAGACACCGAUCGGUCAUGUUUUCAGUGAAACAGAAAAAAUUGCUCAACGCGUAGCAGCAGUCAGAUGCUCAACCUCAGCACUUAAUAAAUGCUGAUCCGCCACUUUAAAAAAAAAAAAAAAAAAAGAUCAGAUCUGAACUUCUGCUGCUCUUUCGUUUCACGGCUGGCACUGCGAAAUCCAGAAGGUGCGCCCUAAAAUAAAUGGCGCAGAGCAUAAUUUACUCCCUAAAGAUCAGAUUUUUUUUUUCUUUUUUAUGCCAGCAGUGACAGCGCAAGGAAAAUUCUUCACCUUUCGGAUUGGAGAUCGUUUCCCCACCAGCAGUGUUUAUUGAAAAGCGGUCAGAUCACACAAUUAAGAAUCACUUACAUUUAUUUAUUUUUACUCUGGUGCAUGCGGGGAUCCCUUGUGGAGUGGAGUGGGGGGUGGGAGGGAGACAGACCAUGUAGUGAAGCAGUGAUGUGAGCAAAGACAUUAAUUCAGCAUAUACGUCAUCCAGGUCCGUACAUAAGCCCAUAACAUAUAUAGCUUACUGUUGCCAGGCAAAUAUAGGAUGAGGCAUUAAUAUUUUAAAUCCCAUGCCACCUUUUUAUAUAAUUCAUGUUUUUUUUUCUAUAUAAAGACUAAAAGGUGAAGCUAUAGUCAUGGCAUAACAAAACGCCAAAGCGCAAAGUCCUCCAGUUAAUAAAUAUGCGCAUAUAGAAGUUAGGAAUAAGCCUCUUUCACAGUUAUGGGACCUGAGUGCCAAGGUCUGUUUUUAAAAAUAAAUAAAUAAAUAUUAUCAGGAUGAAUCGUGCACUUCUUUGCGUGCAGAUUACAUACCAAAAAAGUAAAAAAAAAAAGAAAGAAAAAAAAGCCUUUUAUUUUUUCUUGCGCAAACGCAAAGGGGGAUUGUAUUGAAGGGAAAAAUGUUAUUUUAAUCGCACUAAAGGAUAUUUUAAAAGGUUUCACAAACUAUGAAAACACGCAAAUUUUAAUAAUAAAAUCAACGUAAAGGAAAAUUGCUACGUUACAGCUCUCAAAUUAAGAAUUCGUAUAUUUUUAUGUGGACAGAUUUAGUUUCGUCACGUUAUAAUGAUCAGUCGGUAUUUAAGAGUGUCUGGGGAAAUUUAAAGGGAGCUAAAAUACAGGCAAUUCACUUCAAAGUAAAACAUUCAAAUAUGUAAGCCAUAUUUUCUGCAGGGUGACUUCAAGGUGAAACGGGCUUUUUACAUAAAACCGCAAAUAUUGCUGCAUUAAAAUGAAUCUCGGAUUUUUUUUAAAAAAAAGUUACAUUUACUUAAAUGAUUAUGAAGUUUAAUAGGCUAUUCUUUUAUUUUUAAUACAAAAAAAAUAAAUAAAUAUGAAGAGGCCCGAAAAGGCCGGAGUGAAUAUAAACGCUAUAAGGCGGACAAAAUAUCGGCCCCGCACGAAAACCCUGUUUGUUAAUGAAAAUGUAAUGAUUUAAUAAACGAGCAGAAAAAGGUCACUUUUUAAUUUAGAUAUCAAAGAGAAGUUUAAUAUUUGUGAAGCAGGUGUUAGACUAGCUUUGAAUAUCUUCCAUUUCAUAUUAGUGUAUAUAUUUUAGGAAAAAAAGAAACGGGAAAGGGAAGUUAUUUUCACAACCCACAAGGCAAAAAAAUUAAAAAAAAGUUUUGGUGAAUCAAAUUUGAGACUAUCGCCAGUAAUAUUCUGAGCGCAUAGCAAAUAAUUGAAACGCUUUCGCGUCCAACUGCGCUUAAAAUGGAGUCUGGUAGCGGGGCAGAGGGGGAUGGCCAGUUACGAAACCGCAGGACUUCACGUAACCGCAGACAUUAGGGGAUUUACAGCGGCUACAAUACUUAAAAGUGCAAGAUCAUUUAAAAAUACAGAAGAGUGACGAUAAAAAAUCAUGUUCUUAUUCUUGAAAAUUAGGGACGAAAACCCUGACGAAUUCAAUGUUUAAAUCAGAUACUUCUAAUGUUUGUAUAAACUGAUCUGACGACCAUCUGAGCAGCGCGGCAGAGGCCAUGCAGGCCCCGGUGAGCGCUUCUGCUUAGCGGCUGUAAUUCUGGGACAACUGUGGAAAAAUAUUAAGAGUCAGCACUUGUAACGUGUUUAGUGUUACUUUGACAAAAAAAAGAUUAACAUACAAUUAAAGCAUGUCGUUAUUAGGGAAAAAAAUAAAUAAGAAAAACACAAACGAGAUCAGUUAAUGUUUUUAUUUCUCAAAAAUAUUCACAUAUAACAAGAUAUACUUAAAAUCUUCAAACAAAAUAGUUCAUUGAAAAAAA